AUGCCCAUCAAUCCGUACGCCUUUCAACAUUGCUGUUUCUUCCCUUUCUUGGUUUUGGUUUGUUGCGAGUUCCCGAGGGCACUGAGACAAAACAGUGAGAGAAAGGGUUGGACAUCACAUUUCUUUCUCUUCCCGCCAAAAAACACUCGUUUCAAAUUGAUUCCCAAACCAGUUCCGCACUCACCCACUCAAAUGGCGUUCUGGGGGGUUUAUCUCAAACCCAAUGAACCGUACACUCUACGCUAUGAUGAUGAUGCUGUUCCGAAGAGACUUCGCAUUACUCAGGCUACACUCGGAGAUGCUACACGUAAUUCACCGGCGAGGAGCAUAGUAAGAUGUUCGAUAGGAGAUAAACCUGCAAUCGCUAUAUGUUCAUUGUCUGUAAAAGAGAUGACUUGUUGUCAACUAGAUCUUGAGUUCGAGGAGCCCCAGACUGUUAUCUUCUCCGUCAUGGGUCCUCGCGGUGUUUAUCUUGCUGGUUAUUUGAUCGUUCCUCCUGCUCCCACUUCUCAUCACCAUGCAUUUUGCCAUGAAGAGAAAAAGAAAGCGCCCGCGUCCAUGGAGAAUGCUGGUUGUAGUGACGCUCAUGAACUUGAUUCUAACAAGACAGAUCCCAUUAAAGAUUCAACCACAGCUCAAAUCACAGACAUUAACCAUUGUGAUAAAAUUAUGAACGGCGGGAAACGUUCUCUAAAAUGUUACUCAGGCAACGAAAUUGGAAAGGAUGAUAAUCAAGAUCCUAGGUUUGGUAGUCACAAGAAGUACAUAAAUAGGCAGCAGCCGCCCGGCAGUUCUAAUGAAGAUGGAGAGAAAUCCAGUGCUUUGAAAUUGUUUUCAGUGUUUGGUAGAUUCCUAGAAGAGAAAAGUAGGGAUGCUAUUGAAAAAAAAAAAAAAAAGAGGAGGAAUAUGAAAUGGAAACUGAGAACCCCCAACAAGACCAAGGAGAAGGAAAAGAAACAUAAAAGGAGUAAGUUCAGUGUCGAGGACAAUUCUUUUGGGAAGAUGAAGUAA